AUGGCUACUAUGAAAACUCAAAUAACAGGCAAAAACGCUCACAGUUUUAACUUCAAAUUGGAAGAGCUUGAUAAUUUUAUUAAACCAUUUAUAAUCUCAAAAAUUAAUCGUUCUUGGGCCAAAGAAAUUUCAUCUGCACUAGUAAAUCAUUAUGAGUCAAUGCUUACAGAAAAGCUUAAAAUAAUUAAAGACCGUUUAUUUUCGCAACCACAAAUAGCACAUUUUUCUUCUAAAGCUCUCGAAUGGGCUAAAAGUAAUUAUCGUAAAAAAUUAUCUCACGAAACCAUCACCUCGUAUCUCAUUAUUGUUAGGGACAUUGGCACUAAUCCCUAUGAAAGCAUGGAUGUAGGAUCCUCCUGUACACCCUCUGAAACAGUUGCAAAAUUAUCAUCAGCAGUACCUCUUCAGAAUAGAUUUACAACACAGAGCAAUCCACAACGAACUACGGGAAAACGUCUACGUUCCCCUGACCAGACGAUUGAUACUCCAACCAAAAACCGAAAGACGAUACUCAACUACCAAACUUCGCCUCGAUCACAAUCUGUACCGACCACUUCUUCUACUCCACCACCAGUUCGAACCACCCCUUCAUCAGAUAAAUAUUCUACCCCUCCAUCUCCAUCAAGACCAAUUCCUCUUCCUCGAAUAGCUUGUUCCUCCAAACCAAUUUAUCCAUCACUUCCCACAGUAAAUUCAAAACCAUCACCAAUCCCACCCCAAAAAACAUCAUGCAAACUCAGUAUGGAACUUCCACGUCGUCACGAUCCCAAGAAUAAGGGUGCCUGGCAUCUACUCACAAUAAACAAGCCAAUUCUGAUCAUUGGAUCUUCGAACAUCAGCAACAUAGCGAAAGGCAGAGAUGAUGUCCAGAUGGAAUCAUAUCCAAGUGGAAAGAUAUGGCAUAUCAAAACUAUUCUUAGUAAUUUGUCUCUUCAUCCUAUUUCCCUCGUCACCUUAUUCUUCACAUUGCAUUCAACAAUAGAGCACAAGACGGCCGUAAUAUUUACCAUCAUUUACUGGAUCUUUUGCAAAGAGUUAAGACCACUUUCCCUGAUACCACCAGCCAUGUCACUCACAUACCUAUUUCAUCUAUUUUCCAAUCAAAAUUCAAGAACCUCCAAACUCUUAACGACCUUCUAA